AUGGUCUCCUGCCGAGCAUUCCCUACAUCUCUCAAGGGUGGAGCCACUUCAUGGUUUUUAAGGCUCCGACCUAGAUCGAUAAGUUCGUUCGUGAAACUCUACGAGCAAUUUAUCACCCACUUCCAGAGUAGCGUCAAGCAGAAGAAGACCACAGUCAAUUUGUUGAACGUGAUACAGAACCCUGGGGAGUCCCUCAAGGAAUACAUCACCAGGUUCACUAAGGAGUCCUUGGAGGUCCAAGACCUAGACAACCAGACCCAGCAUGCAGCUUUGGCUGGGGGCAUCAGGGACCUAGAUUUGAUCAAGGACCUGGCACGACAUGAGACUAGGACGAUGAAAGAGCUUCUUAAGCGGUGCAAUGAGUUUGCCAACGUGGCUGAGGUACUACAAGCUCGGAAGAAGAUGAUCGAGGCCAAACCGCAGGAUAAUAAGAGAUCGGCCCCGGAAGAUCAUCAAGAGGGCAAGAGAUUGAGGACCGAGCGCCGACAGGAGAAAGGUGAUUGCCAACCAGACAAGACUGAGCGCCGCCCAAAGAGGACUGAUCGAGCUGGAAGCCCCGACUACACUCCCCUGAACACCACAAGGUCACAGAUCCUCAUGCAUAUCCAAGAUCGUGGCUUGCUCAAUUGGCCACGACCUAUGCUUGUAGGACCCGAGAAGCGAAACCCACACAAGUACUAUCUCUUCCACAAGGACACAGGACAUAACACGAAAUGUCAUGCCCCCAUCUCGAUGAAAGAUUUUUUACAAUAA